CGUAGCAAAGUACACAAAUACACUGUGUAGUUUUUUAUAACUCGUCAACAGUGAUCAGACAAGCCUGGUGUCGGAUGUAGACACUGUGAGAGGUAUACCAAGCCUAAGACUUCCUGGUUACAACUUUUCAUAGUUACCUGCCAUACACUUUACCGCAGACAAUAGCGCCUGGGCAGUACUACACAGUUUCUAAUGCAGCAUCGUGUACGGAGGCUGAGACAAGGCUGGUAGUACUCUAGAGAGUUUAGUGUGGAGAGUGCUACAUAGGUAUAUACAGCUGUCAAUCAAACCACAGGAAGUUUUAUUACAAAACAGUGAGCACUGGAAUUAAAUACGACUUUUUCUGCGGGAUGAUAAAUGAGAUUUUUUAAAGUGAUAUUCCUAAAACAUUUAUUGUAAAUGGAACUUUAUGAAGAAAUUCACCGUCAAACAAUCAGUAGCUUGGCGACUUCUAGCAAACUGAUAGCAGCCAGUUAUCACUGUGAUUAAGGAAAGUUUUACUUUUUAAGUUUGUAUUUCAAAAGUGUGAAAACAUCUCUAGCAAAGAAAUGGCGGUAGUGAAAGGGGCUGUUCCUGCAGAGACCCUAGGGGUCACAGACAAAAAGCUGGUCGUCAAAAACUGUGACAUGUCUGACGAUAUGCAGAAGUAUGCUACAGACUGUGCUUCAGAAGCUGUGGACAAGUACACGAUAGAAAAAGAUGUCGCUGCGUACAUCAAACAAGCCUUCGACAAAAAGUAUAAUCCAACAUGGCACUGUGUAGUGGGACGUAACUUUGGAAGUUACGUCACACACGAAACUAAACAUUUUGUGUAUUUUUAUCUAGGUCCGAUGGCCUUCCUUCUGUUUAAAUCAGGAUGAUAAAACAGAGAAAAAAGUUUCUUUUUUUUUUUCAAAUAGGAUGACUACAAUAUUAAUGUUGUUAUUGUGUUUAAUUUCUCUGGCUAAUGCUUCUUUAAGGCUAUUCCUGCACGAUUUUUGCUGUCGCACACAAAUACCUGGUAUAAACUGAAAAACAACUUGUGUUCCUUUCAUUCAUACCAGCUGGAAAUUUCCAAAACAUACGGAUGAAUUUGAAGCAAAAGUUCAGUGAGAUACAAUGUGUUUUUCUUGAAGGAUUCUUCAAAUUAACUGGAUAUUGAUUUUUUGCCUUCAUGCUUACUGUGAUCGAAAUAUGACUUCAAAGCUCACUUUAACUCUGUGUUUGUUUUAUAGCUUCAAUACUGUGAUGGCGGCGUGAUUUCAAGCUUGAAGUUGUGAUAUCACUUUCAUCAACGCUUACUUCAAUGCUGCGAUUGUGAUUUGAUUUCAACGCUUCAACACUGAGACUGUGAUGUGACUUCAACAUGAACUUCAACUAUGCAAUAUGAGUCUGUUUAUGCUUACAAUGUUGUUAUUAUGUUCAUGCUUGUAGCGCUACUGCUUUAUAAAAUCAUUAGUUGUACUCUAUAAUGUAUGAUAGUUCGUACAUGAAACAUAUCACAAGGUCUCUAAUGGUUAACCAAGAUCUCUCAGUAGAUGUAACAAUGUUUGUAGUACUUAGAUGAAUUUUCUUUGCCUGAUCAAGGUUUUUAAUAGUUGGAUGGAUUUUCUGUCUGAUCAAGGUUUGUACUAGAAGAUGGAUUUUCUCUGACUGAUCAAGGUUUGCUAUUAUGUUAAGUUAUGUCUGAGGCUUACCAUAUUUACCCUUGAUUAGCCCCGGGGGCCAGCACCUAAGUAUAGACUAAAGAGGAUGGGCUUAUUGGUGGUCAGUGGUAAACCAUUACCUUGCAUUGUACACAGGCUUAUUGUCAGGCAUGGGUUUGAAACCAGACAUGUUUUUUUUUACCAGACACAGGCUUAUUGUAAGACAGACUUAAGCUUAUUACCAGACAUGGGCUUAUUGUCAGGCAUAGGUUUAAAACCAGACUUUUUUUUUUAUACCAGACACAGGCUUAUUGUCAGACAUGGGGUUAUUAUCAGAAACUGGCUUAAUACAAGACAUGGGCUUAUUGUCAGACAUACUUAAGCUUAUUGCCAGACAAUGGCUUAUUAUCAGACAACAACCUAUUGUCAGACACAAACUUAUUGCCAGACAUGGGCUUAUUGUCAAGCAGGGUUUAUUGUGAGACAAUGGCUUAUUGCCAUGCACCGACCUAUUGUCAGAUACAAACUUAUUGCCAGAUAAGAGUUUAUCGUCAAGCACAGUUUAUUGUCAUAUACAGGCUUACUGCAAGGUACAUGCUUAUUGUCGAGUAUAGGCGUAUUCUCUGGCAUGGGCUUAUUGUAAGAUAAUUACGGUAUGUACUUUUGUCUAGGUUGAUGUAUAUUUAAUUUAGCUCCAUUAAGAAGGGGCGUACCUAACUCAGUAAAACAUGUUACACUGAUGAGCUGAAUAACUCAAAGGAAUGAAUUAUAUGACAAAUCUCCCAUGGAAACCGAUGUUCAAUGAUAAAUAUAGCACGUAAUUAAUAUUUCAUGGGUGUAUUCAUUCACCUCAAUGUACAUAAUUUAAGCGGGUAUGCUACCUUACAUCAUUUUUAUCUAACAUACAUUAUUGAUAAAUGCCCCUCCUUUCAAAAUGACUUCCAUAUUUCAAAAGCAUAUCAGCAAGCAAAUCUUAUAAACAGGAUAGACACAUACAUUUACAUACAUAAUUAUUUAUUAGUUUUGAUAAAUCAGGGGAGACAACUCCAAAAGAAUGCAAUUGUGAAUAUAGAAUAUUAGGCAUAUUUUUUUCUGUAAUGCAUUUAUAUUUAUUUAUUUAUUUAUGUUACGCUUAAAAAUGUUGAUAUUAAACAGAAAAUAUAUGUAAUUUUUGUAAA